AUGGCUGGAGGAAUCACGGAGACUGGAGAGCCCUACUCUGCCUUUGUGGGGCUCAUCUACAUGUUCAACCUGAUCGUGGGAACUGGAGCGUUGACGAUGCCCAAAGCCUUUGCGAUGGCCGGCUGGGCGGUCAGCCUCGCUCUCAUCACCUUCUUGGGCUUCAUGAGUUACAUGACGACAACGUUUGUGAUCGAGGCGAUGGCGGCAGCGAACGCUCAGCUCCGAUGGAAGAGGAGAGAAGAAGAAGAGACUGACGAAAGCGAAUCUACCUCCGAUUACUCAGACGACGAAGUUCUAACCAGAGGAAGAUCGGAGCCGGAGACCAAACCCAUCCUGUCCAUCCAGCGCUCCGGAGGUCAUACGGAUCACUUCGACAUCGUGGAGCGGGUGGAGAUGGGGCAGAUGGCUUCCAUGUUCUUCAACAAAGAUGAUGUGGAAGAGGAGGAGGAGGAGGAGCAGAAGGAGGAAGAGGAAGAGGAGGAGGAGGAGGAGGAGGAGAAGAAUGAGAAUGAGAAGGAGGAGGAGGAGAAGGAGGAUGAGGAGGAGAAGAAGGAGGAGAAUGAGGAGGAGGAGAAGGAGGAGGAGAAGAAGGAGGAGAAUGAGGAGGAGGAGAAUGAGGAGGAGAAUGAGGAGGAGGAGAAUGAGGAGGAGAAUGAGGAGGAGAAGGAGGAGGAGAAUGAGGAGGAGGAGGAAGAGGAGGAGGAGAAGGAGAAGAAUGAGAAGGAGAAGGAGAAGAAGAAUCUCAACUGGAUUGUAUUUGAGGCCACACCUACAUAUGAAAGGCAGAUACCUGAAGCUAUGCAGAGCAGGGCCUGGUUAAUGCUGUGA